GAGGUGACGCAAAGGGGCGGGGCCUCGCGUCCGGAGGACGGAGGACGGUGGUGCGGACGCAGCAUGUCGGCUGUGACCCGGUUGGCGCCUCUGGCUCGCGUCGGAGGCCGCCUCUUCCGAGGUAGAGGCGCGCUGGCGGCUGCAGGCGGUGGAGUCCGUCAUGCUGGUGGCGGUGUCCAUAUACACCCCCGAUACAGACAGUUUCCCCAGCUGACCAGGUCCCAGGUGCUGCAGGGUGAGUUCUUCAGCGCACUCAUGUGGUUUUGGAUUCUCUGGCGCUUUUGGCAUGACUCGGACGCUGUGCUGGGUCACUUUACAUAUCCUGAUCCUUCCCAGUGGACAGAUGAAGAAUUGGGUAUCCUUCCUGAUGAGGAGGAUUGAAAGUAUAAACUCAAGCCUUUUGAAGAAGGAACCAAGUGAGAAAUUCCAAGGAAGUAUGGACUUAAUGUUGUACACUAAAGUUGUAAAUUAAAAAAGGCUUGGCCAAGAAUGAG